GCGCCGGGACGGCUCCGCCCUCCGCGGGCGCCGGCUUGCGUCCCGUCGGGCCGCGCGCGAGGUCAGCGCGGGGUCAGCGGAGGUCGGCGGGGUCAGGAGCGCGGCGGCUCCGUGGCCCGGACGGGCGCGAGGCAGCAUGUACACGCUGCUGUCCGGCCUGUACAAGUACGCGUUCCGGAAGGACGAGUACUGCAUCCUCAUCCUCGGGCUGGACAACGCCGGCAAGACGACGUUCCUGGAACAGUCGAAAGCGCGCUUCCACAAGGGCUACAGGGGCAUGAGCCUGUCCAAGGUCACGACCACCGUCGGUCUCAACAUCGGCACUGUGGACGUGGCCAAGGCGCGCCUCAUGUUCUGGGACCUGGGGGGCCAGGAAGAGCUGCAGUCGCUGUGGGACAAGUACUAUGCGGAGUGUCACGGCGUCAUCUACGUCAUCGAUUCCACGGAUGAGGAGAGGCUGGGCGAGUCCAAGCGAGCAUUUGAGAAGAUGGUCACGAGUGAGGCUCUGGACGGCGUCCCCAUAUUGGUCCUGGCCAACAAGCAGGACGUUGAGACUUGUCUCUCCAUCCCCGACAUCAAGACCGCGUUCAGCGACUGUAGCUCCAAGAUCGGCAGACGCGACUGUCUGACCCAGGCCUGCUCGGCUCUUACAGGCAAAGGGGUGCGUGAGGGCAUCGAGUGGAUGGUGAAGUGCGUCGUGCGGAACGUGCACCGGCCGCCGCGGCAGAGGGACAUCACGUAGGUGUGGCCGGUGGCCACCGGUGCCCACGACUCCUCCGAGUACCCGCGGAGAGCUCCUGCGGGCUCCCCGCCGCCAGCCCUGGGGGUCGGGUUUGCUUUGCUUUUAGUUCUUCAUUGGCUUUGUUUUCUCUUUAA